GCCGUCGCGUGCGGAGGUCUCGAUUGACGUCUCACUUGACAGCUGUCAAACGCGCUGAAAAAAAAAAACCAAAACCAGCCCGCGUUCAGAAAUCGUAAAACAAAUUGAAUUUCAAAACGAUAAUGACUCUAUUUUUGAACCUUUAAAUAUUAAUGACGAAUUUACAUCAGUGACAACUGGGACAUUGAUAGGCGUAUGUUUUUAAAUUUAAAUUGUGUCGGCUGCAUAAUUUUGUUGGGACAAUUGUGUUGAAUGGUAAGUGGAUUGAGACUUUCGUUUUGACAAGUGUUAAGAUGGCUUUUGAAGAUCGGUGCAGUCCGAACCAGGCGAACAGUCCGGGGCCAGUAACUGGUAGAGUGCCUGCUCCUCAUGCUGAGAACAUUGGCAGCAGCUACUGCCCUCAGAACCAGUACACUUGCACAACGAUUGAGAACCGAUACGAAAGAAGCUCACCCAACAUGACCAUUGUGAAGGUUCAGCCUAACUCUCCUCCAUCAAGCCCAUCGCCCAACGAAGAAUCCUACCAACACUACUACAGAGCAGACACUCCUGACGUCAAACCAGUUAUCAACCAGGAAGAGUACGACUCCGAAAGAAGACAGAGACAGCAACCAACAACUCCAAUAGCGUUUUCAAUUAGCAACAUUUUACACCCAGAAUUCGGUCUCAACGCUAUAAGGAAGACAAGCAAAAUCGAAGGCCCGAAGCCCGUCGGACCGAACCACAGUAUCCUAUACAAACCGUACGAUUUGUCCAAACAGAAUGAGUUCCAAAAAUUUAGCUUCGAUUACAUCAAAAAUAAUAAUAAUGACUUCAAUAGAUUGCCUCCUUUGGGGGGUUUGAGACAAACGGUGUCCCAAAUUGGAGAAAAAGAGAAGGAAGUACCGAAAGUGAUUGAAACACAGAAAAGACCUGAUUCAGCGAGUUCGAUAGUAUCGUCUACUUCGAGUGGUGCUCCGUCUACUUGUGGGUCUACUGAUACCAACCAGAACCAACCAAAUGCAAACCUCUGGCCAGCCUGGGUCUACUGCACCAGAUACAGUGACCGACCAAGUUCAGGCCCCCGACGUCGCGCCACUAGAGGUACGGGGCAUACUCCACCACACUGCUCCACUGAAGGUCCUAGAAGUAGAAGAAUGAAAAAGAAGAUGAACCCAGAAGAAAAACGACCGAGAACUGCAUUCAGUGCUGCUCAGCUUACGAGACUAAAGCACGAGUUCGCCGAAAACCGCUACCUGACGGAGCGCCGGCGGCAGGCGCUGGCCGCGGAGCUGGGGCUGGCUGAAGCUCAGAUCAAGAUCUGGUUCCAGAACAAACGUGCCAAGAUCAAGAAGGCCAGCGGCCAGCGCAACCCGCUGGCCCUGCAGCUGAUGGCACAAGGGCUGUACAACCACAGCACAGCUACUGAAAGCGAUGAGGAGGAAGAAAUUAAUGUCACGUAGAUAAAUAGAUUGAUUAGUGGUAAAUCUAUAUUACGGUGUCACUAACACCCCUUAUAUAAAAGCGAAGGGUCACUGACUGACUGACUUACUCAUCACGAAAUCUCAGAAACUACCAAUGCAAGGAGUCUCAAAUUUAGCAUGGGGGUUCCUUUUAGGACGUAAGUGCUCACUAAGGCGGGAUUUCGCGAAAUUCGACUCCUAAGUGGGUAAAAAGUAGCGGCAAAGUUUGUAUGAAACUUCUAUAGUUUUAAUAGUAGGAUUUCACCGUCCUUUGGGCAUUAUAUAGAGGCUAAUGCACUCAAUAUUACACUUAUGAAAGGAUAGAGUUGUAAAUCUAAGGUUUAGCUAAUGUUUUUUUCUAAAAGUAGCACCGUCUAUGCUCUUUCGUGACCUAAGAGUUGACCUCAUUCGGCUCCAUAUAUCUUGGAUUCUCAAAUGAUAGUACUUAUAGAUAUAUUAUGAUUACAGUUGGGUAGUUUCCUAGGUUGAAGAUAAAUUAUAAAAUUCUAAAUUAUAAAUUAUCAAAAUGUGACAAAAAACGUUUUCCUUUUUUCUAUUUCAUUUAUUUAUGAGUUUUAAUAAAGUAAAAUAUAGUAAGUGCGACAUUUUAACACGUUUUUUCUAUGACGCCACAGGUUGCUUUUUCAUACAAAUCCCGUGGUAAUUUCGUGUUUUGACGUUUAGUAAAAAGUAACUGAUUUGACUAGUUGGAAACGUCCGUAUUUAAAAAAAAAAUUGGGCUGGUUUUCUUCCUUCGCGGGUUGGAAGGUUAGACAGGUAGUCGCUUCUGUAAAAAACCGGACCUGUCAAGUUUUCAGGUUAGGUAACCGGACCCUGUGGUAAGCGGGACAAUGCUAGAGAGAGAAAGAUAAUGACAAUUAUAAGAAAUAGAGACGGACUCUCAUUAGAAUAGAUUAGAGGCAAAAGAGUAAAAUGUUCCUGUUGUUGUAAAUUGAUAGCUAGUAUAAUUAUAAUAAGGUAUUUAUUUGUAUUGUAAUAAAUUGCAGUCUAAUUAACUCAAUAUCUAAAACUUAUUUCACUAAGUAUAUAAUUGUGUUGAAUCCAGUUAACACCAUCUAACGUUAUUUUAAGUUAUAUGUUAUUUUCUUCUCCGCCGAAAAGAGGCCUCAGCGCUCCUCGUUUGUCCAGCCAAGUAGUUACUGCCGUCUGUGGCAAAUCUACAAUAAGUCAGUCAUGUCAAAAAAACGCACUAUACACACAACAACAUACAGAACAACUUUCAUUCAAUAUCCUGCACGAGACCUUCAAUACUUACCAUUUGUCCGGGCUAGUGGUGAACCCACAAAAUGUACAUAUGUCGUCAAAGGCAAUGUUAAGUAUAAAUAAUCAUUUUCACUCAUUUUUAAGCACCACCAUUUUGUUUUUCGAAAUUUAUCAUUCCCAUGUAUUUUGAUUAUAAUUUUCAAAUUGAAAUUGAUAAGAUGCGAUGUUAUAACCAAAUAGUAAUAAGAUAAUUAAUGACACUCAUUCCAGUACACACAAUCUAACUUUAUUUUAAGUUAUACCUGUCAUUUUUUUUAUCCGCCGAAAAGAAAAGGGACGGGUAAUAGACAGGCUUAAAAAACCCUCUCACAAUUUUACAUGCCUAAAACCCGACAAAAUGUAUGACAGCACAGGUCAACCGGGUUGCAUAUGAGUUUGAUGCCUAUUUGAUUAGCCCGGGUUAUUAAUUAAUUCGCUCAUUCAUUUUAAAAUUAACAGUUGUCUGUAUAUAUGUAUGUAUCGUGCGUUCCAUUCCUUUUCGGCGGAUAAGAAAAUGACAGGUACUUAUAACUUAAAAUAAAAUCAGAUUGUGUGUACUGUAAUCAGGGCUAAUAGGCCAUGUAUUUAUUAAAAGUAAUAAAAGGAACUUGGCUUUUCGCACCGCCGUGCGCUGUAAUAAAAUAACGUAUUUAAUUUUAAUCAUUUGUAAAUAUUGUAAAAAUAAAAAUCAAUUUAUUUAUGUUUUUUUGUGUUUAAACAUUUUAAAAAAUAUUUCUUUUAAUAUUUCCUGAUUAAUAUUAGUCAUUUUGUGUCUCUUCCAUUUUUAAUUUGUUUUAUAUUUUUUUGUAAAUACUUCUAAAUAUUUUAAUUAUUUUUUAAUGUGGAC